AUGGCAUCUCCGCCACCUCUAGAUGCUCACACGACGGCGAGCACCCCAAAAUCCCACUUUAAGCGAACGGUUUGUUUGGCCGAUUGGUGGUUGGUUAAGGCCGAGAACGACUGCCAAGGGAGACGACUUGCAGUCUCCGGCUACACCAGUCGAGGGAAUGAAGCCAUGAGAGUCUUUUCAUCUGCCCCAAUCAUGAAGAGGUAUGAUGUUUUCACUGUUGAGACUGCGGAUGGGAUAUGCGUCAUGUUCAAAGGAUUCAUAAACAAAAAUCUCACAGAAGAAAAUGGAUUUCCAGCUGACGUAUGCAACCAUUUUGUUUACGGAUUCCCGCCAUACUGGAAGGAGCUUGAGGAAACUAUCAUGGCUGAAAGUCGAAACCCAUCCGUAGACAACUGUGGAAAGGAUUUGGCGGCACAAUACUUACAACAUGAGAUCGAUAUCCCAAGAGCGCAAAGAGGCAAUAACAAUGGAUCUUCAGCUGUUCCACCGGGCAUGGCUAAAAAUUCCGACUCCGUAAUUAAUGGUUCUGAGUAUAAAUUAUCUCUUUCUGGCCUUUCACCUGAAAGGUUUGAGAAGGAAUCUUAUCCUAGAACCCGUAAUGUUGAAGAUCACACUAUUCUCGACGGGCAUGUGGACUGUGGGAACACUGCAAUGGAGUUAUUGUCAGACUCGAGCAUUGAGGCAAACAUUGGUGUGUCAGCUUUUACUGAUAAGGGUCUAGAAGAUACUAGAGGUGAUGCUAGUGGAGGAAUCAUUUUGGCAUGUCAAUUACGUAAUAAGCCAACUGGUGACCUGAAGGAGAUGGAGCUGGACAAAGGCAAUUGCAGGAAGGCCAAAUUGGAUAAGGGCGUGAACAACACAUCUCGAGAGAGUUUAUCCCAUACCGUGGGUAGAGCGAGAACACGUUCAAUGACGAGGUUGAGAAUAACAGAAGAAAGCAAAGAAAAAUCUGGUAGAACAUUACCAGGUCUGACGAUGGAGUCAGAUCGUGUUUCAUCUGUGGGCCCCAAAAUAUCAACAUCUGUUGAUUGUGAACCUAAAGAAGGAAGAGGCAGUGAGAACUUUGAGGUUUUUGAAUUUAUUGGGGAUAAAGAUGAAAUAGAAUCGAGCAAAACUGAUGUUGACUGUGUUAAGGAUGAGGAGUUGGAAAUUUUGAGGAGUUGUGAAAGGGAUAAUGAUGUUAGAAAGGUUAAAAAUAAAGGAGACAUCAAUAAGGCGAAAAGUGGAGGGUCUAGUUCAACAGAUCUGCUUGCUGCUACAGAUAAUCGAGAGGAUAAUGUAGUUCCUGAUGUACAUACUUUACCAGAUAGUGCAAAAUCAUUGGACAAGAAGACCAGAAGAAAAUUAGAAAAUGUAACUCCAAAAGGGGAAAAAGGUAAAGUAUGUAUUUCACCUCAGGGUAUGAGUUUUAGCCGAUCUAAAUCAGGGAGAUUGCGGAUGCCUAGCUUGGAAUUUUGGCGUAACCAAAGAGCGGUUUAUGAUCCGGAUGGAACACUUACUGGAAUUAAAGGCAUACUCCCUGAUCAGCAAGGAAAAGGUAUGUUCGCUGAAAUCCAUCUGGUUUCUGAACAUGCGAUUAUGUGCAUUGGUGGGUAUUUUUGUUUGCUCGUGGACCAUGGUGGAAGUACUAUGCCCCAAAAAGGGAAAACUUAA